AUGUCAAACCCACAACAGCUUCAAUGUCGCAUGUACGAAGAAAAAUAUCCAGAGGUCGACGACCUUGUCAUGGUCAACGUUCGCCAGAUAGCAGAAAUGGGUGCUUAUGUCAAAUUACUGGAAUAUGAUAACAUUGAGGGCAUGAUUUUACUGUCUGAACUCUCUAGACGACGUAUUCGAAGCAUACAGAAAUUAAUUCGAGUCGGGCGUAACGAAGUUGUCGUUGUUCUCCGAGUUGAUAAAGAAAAGGGCUAUAUCGAUCUCUCUAAACGCAGAGUAUCGCCAGAAGAUGUUGCCAAGGCCGAGGAAAAGUUUAAUAAAUCAAAAGCAGUCCACAGCAUAAUGCGCCAUGUGGCGGAGAAGCAGGGUGUAGUUCUUGAGGAGCUAUAUAAGCAGGUUGGGUGGCCAUUGUAUAAAAAAUAUGGACAUGCAUAUGAGGCCUUCAAGUUAGCAAUUACAGAACCCGAAAAGGUGUUUGAAGAUACGGAAAUAUCAAAAGAAGUUAUGGACGAACUUUUGGCCAAUAUCAAACGAAGACUAACGCCGCUGCCGAUCAAGAUACGGGCUGAUCUUGAGGUCACUUGUUUUGGAUAUGAAGGCAUUGACGCAAUCAAAAUUGCUCUCAAGGCUGGCGAGGCUUGCAGAACAGACAAUAUUCAGAUUAAAAUCAAACUAGUUGCACCGCCCUUAUAUGUGAUGAUCACAAAUGCAUUGGAUAAAAAUCUGGGUAUUGAAGUUUUGGAGAAGGCGAUCGUAAAAAUUCAAGAAACGAUUCAAAAGUCCGGGGGCGAUUGUACGGUUAAAAUGAAGCCACGAGCAGUCAGCUCAACUGAUGAUAUGGAAUUGGAAGAACUUAUGGCUCGCGUUGAGAAGGAAAAUCUUGAAGUUUCUGGCGAUGAAGAUACAGACGCUGAAGUCGAGGACGAGUGA